AUGGCUGAGCUGUUUGACUUCAUCGUUGUGGGAGCCGGGCCGGCGGGCUGCGUCAUCGCAUCCAGGCUCGCAAAGACUCCCGCAAAGCCAUCGGUGCUUCUCGUGGAGGCCGGUGGCGCCAAUGAGAACAUGGCGAAUUUAUCUGGAGCCGAGCGGUUUGAGAUCGCGUUCCGCGAAGGGUCGCCCUUGAACUGGUUCUACAAGACCGAACCCCAGGUGAAAGGUCAGGUGAUCGACUAUUCGAGGGGAAAGGGGCUGGGUGGGAGCACAGCUAUCAACUUCUGCGGCUGGGUCGUUGGCGCGGAUGACGACUACGAUGAGUGGGCGAGGUUGGUCGGCGAUGAAGCUUUUGCAUGGAAGCAUGUCAAGCAGUGUCUCAAGAAGAUCGAGAACUUCCACAACGAUGUCCCGCAGAAAUACAGAAAGUGGUUCAAGCCGAAAGACGAAGAUCACGGGAUAGGGGGCGCCGUUGACAUCUCGUAUCAGGCUGAGUGGCUUGACAUCUGCGAUGACUUGUUCAUUGCAGCUGAGCAGACACCAGGGUUUGGCAUCAAUACAGAUGUCAAUGCUGGCAAUCCCAUAGGAAUGGGUAUUGGCACAGCCUGCAUCUAUAGUGGCAUUCGAGUCACCUCGUCGAGCGCAUAUCUCCAGGAGGUAACCUCGAACCUGACAAUCACGACGAAUCAGCAAGUGGAGAAGGUCAUUGUCGAGGGAGGCGUAGCCACAGGAAUCAAGACAAUCGACGGCAGCAUAUUCAGGGCAAAGAAUGAUGUCGUGUUAUGUGCCGGUGCACUGAACAGUCCUCACAUCCUCCUCCUAUCGGGCAUCGGGCCCAAAGAACAGCUGGAGCAGCACGGGGUGGCGCAGGUGAAACAGAUGCCAGAGGUUGGUCAGAACCUGCAGGAUCACUGCUUCGGCAUGGCAGGUAUCGUGGUGAAGAAGAAAUGUGAUCAGAACUUCAAGCAGUCGCCGACCCCCAUGGGCUGGUUCAAGGUUCCAGCGACGCUCAGCUCGGACGAGUUCAAGGAGCUGCCCACCGCGAUGCAGGAAUACCUAAACCGGCCCAACGUGCCGAAUUGGGAGUUUGCGACCUUGACCCCUUUCUUCGAAGGAACACCGCUUGAACCGGACGAGGAGGUUUUCUCGGGCAUAUGCAUGAUGAUGAACCCUCAGUCCAGGGGCACGGUCACACUAAAGUCUUCGGAUCCCAAAGAUGCACCCCUUAUUGACCCCAAAUUCUUGACGCAUCCAUUCGAUAAGCUCAAUGCCAUCGAAUCGAUGCGGGAGAUGCUCAGGUACAUGCAGACGCCAAUAUGGAAGGACAAGACCACGCGGACGCUUGGGUGGCCGAGAGACGACACAGACGAGGCUGUCUGGGAAGCAUACUCUUCGAAUCUGAGGAGUUCAUGGCACAUGUGCGGCACGGUCCGCAUGGGCCUUGAUGACGCCUCCUGCGUUGACUCGUCGUUCAGGGUCUAUGGGAUUGGCCGCCUUCGCGUCGCGGAUAUGAGCGUCUGUCCGCUGAUACCAAAUAACCACUCACAGACGACGGCCUACGUGAUCGGGGAGCUUGCUGCUGAGAAGCUCGUUGCUGAGCAUGGAUUGGAUAGUUCUUGA